AUGUAUGCAACAAUCUAUACUCGUCUUGAUAUUGCCCAAGCAGUGAGAGGAUUGAGCAGGUAUAUGUCUAAGCGAGGAAAUGAGCAUUUGAUGACGGUGAAUCGUGUGUUCCACUAUCUUCGUGGUACAUCUAACAUUGGGUUAUGCUACGAAGGCGUAAAAGGCUCAAGGAGACAAACAUUAUUAGAGCUGAGAUACUUUGUGGAUACUGAUUGGGGAUAUGACAUUGAUAUUAUAAGGUCUACAAGUGGAUAUGUUGUUUCCUCAUUCAACGGAACUAUCAGUUGGAUAAGUAAGAGGCAAAACACUGUUGCUUUAUCUACUACAAAAGCUGAGUACAUGACCUUGUCAUAUGCUGUCAAGGAAGCUAUUUAG